AUGGCCUUUUUGGCUCUGGUACUCUCGGCGCAUCGUGCAAGUCAAGAUCCCAACCCCAACCUGAGUAACAGUGCGACCCCACUUCGGCGUGUGGCCCUCGGCCUUGACGAUACAGGCGACCUUCUCCCUGAGGCAGGGGGUGCCGUUGCACCACCACCACGCGUUGCCUUUGUUGACAAGCAGCACCACUAUCAUGACCCAGCCCUGGAUGGUCCCUGGGCCGCUCGCCUCGAUAUUCGUCCCGAAACCUCGCUCUGUGCCGUCUCUGCGGCUGCCAUGACCGAACCGCAGGCCCCACACCGUGUCGGACGAGCUCCCACACCGACAAUCCACCUCCGCACUCGCUCAGUCUUUGAGGUCCUCGACGGCCGCGCGAACACGUGCGCCUCUCCAUGGCGUGUCGACGCCGGCAUCUGCUUUGUACGCUACCGAGCCACCCCAAACGAACAAGUGGCCUGCCUCCCUUCCUUUAUCAUUGUUGGAGCCAUGAAAGCUGGUACAGCUGAAGCUCAGGGCUGGCUUGGCAUCCACCCCAACCUUUACCGCUGGAAGGGUCUUGUCGACUCGGGAGCUGGCGAAGCCAAGUUCUUCAGCACUACCCACAGCAAGGCACAGCUUGAGACCCGCUGGCAAUCCGACUAUUUGUGGCCCGGGUUUUCCUUACCCCAGCCUUCGGCCGCCCGAGACAUGUACACGUUCGAAAAGACCCCGCGCUACAUGGUGCUCGACGACCCCCAUCUGAUUCGCAUGCACGAGAUGCUGCCUUCACUCAAACUCGUGGCGCUUCUUCGUCACCCAAGCGCCCGCGCCUACAGCCACUUUCAGCACCGCUGCCGCCGCGGCACAGUCUUUCGCUGCCAGCGGCCCGGCCACCCGCUCCACAACCACGUCUUUGAUGCUGGGGAUUUACCCCAGUCCCUCGCAGCGCUGGCCCGACGCCUGGGCCAAAGCCUAUCACCCCGCGACUUUGUUCGUGUGCCCCAUCCCUGCACCCCUGCCCAUUUUGAGGAGAUCGUGACCACGUUUCCAAACGGAACACGAUCCAACCGCAUCCUGUACCAGGCCGCUGAGGGUGGCGCACUUCGCCGAGGCCAUUACGCUAUGCAGCUUCGCCGACUUUACCAGUACUAUCGAUCUGAGGACGUUCUGGUCCUUUUGACGGAAGAAAUGUUCCAGGACUUUGUUGGCGCUGCGCACGAAAUGCAGCGCUUCAUGGGCCUUCCUUUCUUCAACUACACGCACCACACACAUGUCAAUGAGCGCGGGUUUACCGUGCUCAAUGAUCUUGCCUCUAAGACUGACAAAGCGGGCUAUGAGCCCCUUGGCGAUGCCUUUCGUGCUCGUCUUGAUAACUUCUUUUUGCCCUGGAGCCGCCAACUUAUUCCCAUCGUGGGCCAGGCCCGGCUAGAGCGCUACUGGAAAAUUCAACUCUGA